UUGCGCGGAUACUAUCAGGAACCACGCUUGUGCAAUCCAUGUAUAGAAUGAAGUUAGUCCUCGUGAGUACGUAACGUACAUUAAACAUGUUAAGUGUCAUCCUAAAUCGUCAACUAUAUAAAGCAUUAAGAACUCAUAAGAAUAUUUGGAUUACAUCGUUUACGUAUGCAACCAAUAUUUCAAGACAAAAUAUCUUAAUGAAAGAAAGAAGACUUAUCAAUGUUGGACCAUACCCAUUACCAAUCCUAGGAAUAAGGUACUGCACUGGAAAUUUAAUAGAUCGGGCACAAAAAAAGAAAAAUGUUCCACAAUCAAAAUCAGUUGUCUCUCCUGUUAAAUAUAUAUUAUCAGUUACGGGCAUAACUGGAGGAAAGCCAGGACAACAGAAAAGAAAUUGUUUCCAUCCAGGUGCAUCUAGUUUAAACAGAGAUGCAAUGUCACUCAAAGAACAUACAUCAGUUAAUUCCACAGAUAUGCUCAAGGCAAUGCUCAAAUAUAUCUGGCCAGAAGAUGAUCCAGAAAUUAGAAAAAGAGUUAAAAUAGCAGUUGGAUUACUAAUUGGUUCAAAAGUUUUAAACGUAACUGUUCCUUUUAUUUUUAAAUAUGCUGUGGAUAGUUUGAAUCAGCAUAGCAUUGAAACCACUGGUAAAGCUAUGUUGACGUUAGGAACUGCUCCUGAAACUAUCACUACAGUUGCAACUUCACUACUUGUAGGAUAUGGUAUUGCUCGUGCUGGUGCAGCUGGUUUCAGUGAAUUAAGAAAUGCAGUAUUUGCAAAAGUUGCUCAACACUCAAUUAGAAAAAUAGCCAAAAAUGUAUUUUUACAUAUGCACAACCUUGAUUUAGCAUUUCACCUGUCCAGACAAACUGGAGCUCUAUCUAAGGUAAUAGAUAGAGGAAGCCGUGGUAUCAAUUUUGUUCUCUCAGCCAUGGUGUUCAAUGUUGUGCCUACUAUUUUCGAAUUAGCUUUAGUUAGUACUAUUUUGGGUUUAAAAUGUGGAUCUGAAUAUGCAAGUUUAGCAUUUGGUUGCGUUGGUAUUUACACUGUCUAUACAUUAGCAGUUACUCAAUGGCGAACAAAAUUUAGAGUAUAUAUGAAUCAAGCGGAAAAUGAAGCAGGAAACAAAGCGAUAGAUUCACUCAUUAAUUAUGAAACAGUAAAGUAUUUCAAUAAUGAAAAGUUUGAAGCUGAAAGGUAUGAUCAAUCAUUAAAAAAGUAUGAAGCAGCUUCGUUAAAAACGAGUACAAGUUUAGCUAUGCUAAAUUUUGGUCAAAAUGCUAUUUUUAGUACCGCUUUAAGUUUUAUAAUGAUAUUAGCAGCAAAGAAUAUUAUGAAUGGAACUAUGACUGUUGGAGAUUUAGUGAUGGUUAAUGGCUUGUUGUUUCAAUUAUCAGUACCUUUAGGAUUUUUAGGUUCUGUUUAUCGAGAAGUAAGACAAGCUUUUAUCGAUAUGCAGACAAUGUUUACUUUGAUGAUAAUGGACACUGAUAUUAAAACAAAAAAAAAUGCUGUAAGGCUAAAUGUUACACCAAACAAUUCUGAUAUUCAAUUUAAAAAUAUUAAUUUUCAAUAUGUACAAGGUAAACCAAUCUUUCAAGAUGUAUCUUUUCAUAUUCCAAGUGGAAAAAAAAUUGCUAUUGUAGGAGGAUCUGGUUGUGGUAAGACUACAAUAGUUAGACUACUUUAUCGAUUUUUUGAUCCUCAAAAUGGAAAUAUUUUUAUUAAUGGACAAAAUAUACAAGACGUUGACAUUAAUGAUCUUAGAAGAUCAAUAGCCAUAGUACCUCAGGAUUCAGUACUUUUCCAUGAAACAAUUUUCUAUAAUCUUCACUAUGGAAAUUUACGUAAGUCAAAGGAAGAAGUUUAUGAAGCUGCUAAAAUGGCAAAUCUACAUGAUGCAAUUCUGAAAUGGCCGCAAGGCUAUGAUACUCCUGUCGGAGAACGUGGUCUAAAAUUGAGUGGAGGAGAAAAACAACGAGUGGCGAUUGCUAGAGCAAUCUUAAAAGACAGUCCUAUAUUAAUUUUUGAUGAAGCUACUUCUUCGUUGGAUUCUAUUACAGAACAUAACAUAUUAGAAGCAUUACGAAGAGCAACAAAAGGACGUACAUCAAUAAUGAUUGCACAUCGUUUAUCUACAGUCAUGGAUUCAGAUGAAAUAUUUGUAUUAGAUAAUGGCAAAUUAGUAGAAAAAGGAACACAUUCUUUUCUCAUAUCGAGCCCCAAUUCUCUUUAUAAUAAAUUAUGGGAAACACAAAGUGUUGGCAUGCAAUCAUCUUUGAAUGAAACAUAUGAACGUACUAGAACUGGAGGAAGCAAUUAAUUAAAAACAUGCAAUGAAUAUAAAAUAUCAAAUUUUUUCAAAAGAUGAGAUUUGUUUUUUCGUUUAAUACGUUAAACGCUAAGCCUUAUUUGUUGAAUUUUCGGGGAGACUAGAGCGAUAUUCAAAGUUGUUAAUACAUGAAUGUUAAAUUGUGUAUCUUGAUACUCUUAAGAAAGUAUAAAGCUACCAGUACCUCUAUCUGAUUUAUUCAGUGAAACACGUGUAUUAAGUGUACAUAUACUUAGCAAGAAAGAUAAUGUAAAUACCAUGUAGAAUUGGCUGUGGAAUAAAAAGUAUUUAUUUUA